AUUGUGCUAAUGUUAGUCAUCCUCCUAGCCACAAAAAGAUCACUUGUGUUUCUCGUCAGACUUGGCUGUGGAAUUUGAGCUGGGAAAAUGUCGUAAAAAGUUCUUUUUGACUUCUGUUACUGUUUGUUUCCCGUCGAUUAGAUGUUUUCACGUUCCGUAAACAAAUCGGCCCGCUUAGCAUCAAGUGCAAUUGCUCUGUAUAGUUUAUUUCACUGUUCUACAAAAACGCCAUGGCUUUGGCCAACACGGAAAUCGUUCAUGAAGGUUGGCUUGUAAAGUCUCCGCCCACCAAACGUAUAUGGAGAGCUAAAUGGCGGAGACGAUGGUUCGUCUUAAAGCAUUCCGGCGAGUUGCCUGGCCAGUAUUUCCUUGAGUAUUAUACGGAUAAAACCUGUCGCAAAUUAAAAGGAAAAAUCGAUUUGGACCAAUGCGAACAGGUGGAUUCUGGGCUGACAAUUGAAAGUAGAAAGCAGCGGUAUGCCCACAUGUUUGAUAUCCGCACACCGAAGCGCGUCUACUUUUUGGCGGCAGACAGCGAAACCGACAUGAAUAGUUGGGUUGGUUGCAUCUGCCACGUUUGCGGUCUCAAGGUGUUCUAUCGCGAUGAUGAAGACACCGGCUCAUCUUUGACGCUUACCCGACCCGGCCCUAACACGUCAUCGGCAAUGGCCUCCACUGGUGUGCAUUCGACCAUGGCUAGAAGUUUGCAAGUUAGCCAGUUAUUGGAAGACACUCCACCCACUUCGCCCACCUCGCCAACUGGUAGCUCGGGCCCCUAUUUUCCUCUGAGUGAAUGCCUCUCUGGAUCACGUGGCCUCGUCUUUCAAGAAGCCAUGGCCUCUGCAGGUCAACCGUCGUCGGCUCCCGUGACACCGGCGCCCACGGCACGAGGUUUAGGUCUAGGCACCCAAAGUUUGCGAGGUAGACCGCAGCGUGAAGAUUGGGACUUAUUCUAUGAUCAGCCCAGACAACUGUCUGCAGCCAGCCAAUCGCAAUUGGGUCAAUCACAACAAUUGCAGCCUGUCACCUCGGUGGCACGCGAUAAUCAAGGAGUUCAUGAAGCCAUUCGUAGCUUUGAGGAUAAAUUUGCACGUUCGUUUAAGAGGCUGCAACCGGCUAGUGCUGCCGACCAAAGAACACCAGUUCCCCAUUUGGUGGGUGGGCAAAAGUUUAUUCCGCCACCUCGUCCACCGAAGCCGCCUCACUUGAUUGACCAACCUUCGCACAAUUAUCUGAAUCUGGAACAACUGCAAUCACCAACUUCCGUUGCGGCUGGUGGUGGCAGAUCGCACAGUCGGAGUAGCAGCCCACGCUCUCCACCAUCCAUUUCCCCCACCUUACCAACGCCGACGAAUGCUGACGCCUGGUACGAUUUUCCGCGAUCCCAUCAAGGCGAUCACGGUAGUGACGGCAAACCAGGAAAAGAAACUCAGAGGCGACACUGUUAUUCGAAUGCCGCUCCGAGUGAAAUAUCGUCAGCCAGCGGAGCGUCGGCUGUCGCCUCAACAGCUGACAUCUUUACGUUCAACAAUAAUAUCGUUACGACUGGGUCAUCUUGCACGGCCUCGGCCAUGUCACCGAGUGUGUAUUCGAACCUAGCCAGCCCAUUCCCGUUGGCAAGUCCCAGUCCAGCGCUCCUUCCCAUGACCCCCUUUUCGCCCCCUUCAGUCAACCGAACACUAAAGCCGAAGAAACAAGCAUCUGGUACGGCUAGCGUAGUUGAAGGUCCUGCUCCUCCGCCUUCCGUUAACCGCCAGUUGAAACCCAAUCGUCCUAUUUCUGGCGUUGGACAACACACCGAUUUCCAAGGAAGCAGUUCGGAUGACGCCGACGAUCCAUCGAGUCGAGGCAGUAGCCGGCCCAACUCUGCUCACGACGAGGAACAGAUCUACUACUUCCUUCAGGGUAAUCAGAUCAUUAGUGCUGGUCGUCAACUGGAUGAGAUUCAGUACUUGGACUUGGAUUUGGAAUCUGAUUCGUCUCUUCAAUCGCCUAAAAGUCCUGAAAGAGGUCACCACCACCAAAAUCAUCAUCAGGCUUCGUCCACUGUCUACAAGACAGUUGAUUUUAUCAAAACCGAAGCCUUCAACCGGACACGUCUCACCGUUGAAGAACGCCGCUCAAAGAAGGCGCAGUAGCGCGGCUGCAUCGCAUUUUGUUUUUCUUUCUCGUGAAAUUCGGUUCACAAUUCGCAAAGCAUGAAGACAAGUACACAAAUAGUGGCAAUAUCUUUCAAAGUGGGGAACAGCAUGUGAGGAACGUCGCACGAUGAGAGAUUAAUGCUGUGAGAUUAAUUCGUUAGGACAAUCAAAGAUGGCAGGUCGGUCUGCUUCCCUUUAAACAUUCGACUCCCGUUUUCUCUCCUUGUUGAUAGAUGGACUCGCGCCAUUCCCUUUUUUAAUGCACAUGUAUGUAUAUAUGAUAUACAUAUAUAAAAUAUUAUGUUAAUAACAACAAUCUUAGCCAUUGCUUUGACGACAAAUUCACAAAUAUGCCCCAGGGUUUCUUACCAUGCAUAGAAUUAUCACUCAUUAUUUCUUCUUAUUACAGAACAACAACAAAGAAACAAUUAAAUGAAAAAUUACCUGCAACAUGUGCAGUUGUUGGAGUGUUAUUUGUUUUCUACCAUCUUUUUUUCUUUCUCUCUUUUUGUUCGAAUAAUGUUGUAACUGUGUUUCGCGGGCCGGGAUUGUGAUUCAUUUUCAUUUCAGAGUGCUGAUAUAUUUUGUGUGUGUAUGUGCACGUUCGUCGAUAUCAUUUUCUUCCCUUCAAAAGAUAGAUGAGACAAUCGUCAAAUGAAGGAAAGCAUAUUCAUUCUAGUUAGUAAAUGUUGGAUGUUACUAUUCUCUUUUCGCCAUCUUUGUUUUCUUUCCUGCCUUGCGUUUGAUUUCUUUUUAAGAAGAGAUAAAAGAAAAGGAAGCACGCUUCAUCGUUUAAUGUUGUACGUACAUUUUCCACCACCUCCGAGAGACUAUUUGUAAAUACAAAUCUCCAUUUCUUUUUCUG